AAAGGUCGUCACCGUGACGUUUAUUCAGUCAUCAGGCAACAUGGCAGCCUCCGUCAGACUGCUUGUCCGGAGUGUACCCAGGACUCACAGAAAUCUGAUCAGUACUGGUCGGUUAAAGACGUCAAGUGACUCCGAAUCGCUCUCAGGGUGUCGUGUGUUCAGCUAUGCCGCUGGAGAGAAAAGUACGCAUUUUGGCUUCGAAACGGUGCCGGAGGCAGAGAAGGCAAAGAAAGUUUACCAGGUGUUUGAGAGCGUGGCCCAUAACUACGACGUGAUGAAUGACGCCAUGAGUCUAGGAGUGCACCGGCUGUGGAAGGACACGCUGUUGCAUGUCAUGCACCCGCAGCCCGGCGCGAAGCUACUGGAUGUGGCCGGUGGAACAGGAGACAUUUCCUUGCGUUUCCUGGACUACGUCCGCUCCCAGCAGGGGAGGCGGCGGCGGCAGGUAGUGCGCUCCAUGCAGACGCCGUCGUGGCAGGAAAUCUCUGAGAAGUAUUCGUCCGCGGCGGAGGAGGGCGAGGAACAACGGGAAUCGUGUGCCGUGGUCUGCGACAUCAACAAGGAGAUGCUUAAAGUGGGCAAGCAGAAGGCGGAAAGCAUGGGCCUCACCGCUGGACUGUCCUGGGUAACGGGUGAUGCUGAGGAGCUGCCCUUCGCCGAUGACCAUUUUGACGUGUACUCCGUGGCCUUCGGCAUCCGUAACGUCACCCACAUCGACCAGGCCCUACAGGAGGCCUGGCGAGUGCUGAAACCUGGGGGAAGGUUCCUGUGCUUGGAGUUCAGCAAGGUGACCAACCCUGUGUUGGCGAGGCUUUAUGACGCAUACAGUUUCCAGAUGAUCCCAGUGUUGGGAGAGGUGAUCGCAGGAGACUGGAGGUCUUACCAGUAUCUGGUAGAGAGCAUCCGCAAGUUCCCUAAUCAGGAAGAGUUCAAAGGGAUGAUCGAGGAGGCCGGCUUCUACCGUGUCAAAUAUCACAAUCUCACUGGGGGUGUGGUAGCCAUACACUCAGGCUUCAAGCUGUGAGAUGAAGAACUCUUACUAUGGUCCACAGUACUUGACAUACGCUGGCUACUGAGCAGGUGGAGCACGACAGACUGGCUGCCGGUUCCCCCGAACUGAUGGUACCCUCGUAUUUUCGUGGGACCCCCCAAUUGCUCAGCUCUUAGCACACAGCACUAUUUAUUGUUAUGGAUACUUUUUUUUCCGUUGAUCCUGGAAAAUGUAUUUUAUUAAUGAAGAUACAAUAACAAAAUCGACGGGAGGUUCA